AUAUGGAGAUGAAGGGGACACCUAAAUAAUAAAUCAUUAUAUGGGGCAUCAUUGUUAAAAUGAGCACUAACAAAGAUGUUCCUCCAGUAACCAUGCCUUUGUCUCUCUCCGCUCCAGAAACUGCGCGGUAGAAAAUGGCAACAGGAAAUCACUCCACGGUGACCGAGUUCAUCCUUUCUGGGCUAACAGACAAACCAGAACUCCAGCUGCCCCUCUUUCUUUUCUUCCUUGGAGUCUAUAUUAUCACAGUGGUGGGGAAUCUGGGCAUGAUCACACUGAUUGGGCUCAGUUCCCAUCUGCACACCCCCAUGUACUAUUUCCUCAGCAGUUUGUCCUUCAUUGAUCUCUGCUUUUCCACUGUCAUUACCCCCAAAAUGCUGGUGAACUUCGUGACAGAGAAGAACAUCAUCUCUUAUCCUGAAUGCAUAAGUCAACUCUAUUUCUUCCUCAUUUUUGCUGCCUCAGAAUGUUACAUGCUGGCUACGAUGGCAUACGACCGCUAUGUUGCUAUCUGUAGCCCAUUACUUUAUAAUGUCAUUAUGUCCUCUCAGGUCUGUUUGUGCCUGGUUUUGGGGGUAUAUAUGUUAGGCCUGGUUUGUGCAUCAGCUCACACAGGUUGCAUGCUUAGGGUUCAUUUCUGCAAAAUUAAUGUGAUCAACCAUUAUUCUUGUGAUCUUCUUCCUCUCUUAAAACUCUCCUGUUCUAGUACUUAUGUUAAUGAAUUAUUGAUUCUAGGUUUUGGUGCAUUUAACAUCUUUGCCCCAACCCUGACCAUCCUUGGGUCUUAUGUCAUCAUCAUUGCCUCCAUCCUCCACAUUCACUCCACUGAGGGCAAGUCCAAAGCCUUCAGCACAUGCAGCUCCCACAUUUUGGCAGUUGCAAUCUUCUAUGGUUCUGCAGCAUUCAUGUACCUGCAGCCAUCAUCGGUCAGCUCCAUGGACCAAAGAAAAAUGUCUUCUGUGUUUUACACCAUCAUUGUGCCUAUGCUGAACCCCCUGAUCUACAGUCUGAGGAAUAAGGAUGUCAAUGUUGCCCUGAAAAAGAUUCUAGAGAAAAGAACAUUUUCUUGAACAGAAAUAAUGUGAGGAUGAUUUUUUUUUUCAGAUCUAAUCUUUUUGGCUAUUACAUUAUAUGAGGUAUUUUAUUUUAGUCCAUCUAUGCACAUUUUUAGUAAUUUGGUGAUUUUAUUGAUGUUAUUUCUUAUUUCCAUGGCCAUUCUGAUUCUAUUCCACCUGAGAUCUUCUCUUAUAUGUGUCAGUGAGACACAAAUUAGAAGAAACAAUAAGGUUACAAGAAUACUGGGACCAACUACUGCCAUCAACACCACCACCUCCCUCUUCUUCUAUACAAUUGAUAAAAACUCAGUACUCAACUGUAUUUAAAACACCAUAUUCCAACAUUGAUUAUCAAUCUCUUUUUUCCCAUUCAGUCAGUAACU